CAGCUAUUUUUGGCCAUGCACGAGCACAGCGAUCUAAAUCUAAACGAACCAGGAUUGUGGCUGACUUGAUUCACAUUCACACUUACCCUUGAUCCCGCGCAGGUGAUUGCAUGCAUGUUCGGUUCGCAUUGAACCAGGUAUCCGCAGCCUUGCAUGCAUGAUCUCAAUCUCAGGCUCCAGGGCGUCCCGAAAAAGCCGGCGGAACGGGGGCCGGGGUGCCCGUAAUUUUAGCAGGCUGGACAAGCAAGUGAAACCAGCCCAGCUCCAGUUCGUUGCUUGCUGGGCAGUCGUGAAUCGCGGUGCAGUAUUGAACCAAGCAACUAUGAGCCCCUGGAGAGGAAUGCGCAGGAAUGUGAGCUUGCUGCUAGUAUUUGCGUCUAGAAGGACAUGGGACUGGAAAAGGCAGUCAUCAGUUCUUAGGGUACAUGUACAUGCACAUAGGGAGUCAAUUUUGCUGAUAAAGGAAGCUGUGCGCCCUACAGUGAAAUUGCAUCCGCAAGCUGCUGACUGGACUAUUGAUGUUUUAGCCUUGCCGCAGAAGAAAUUGGGGAGCUGGGCAGCCAGCACUACAAAGUACCUACGUGUAUGUACCAAGGUUAGCAGUACCUGCUUAGUAGGCAAUACGGGCCAAGUACGAAUUUGGGAGCAGCGCGUGGCCACGUCAACAACGGCAAAAGAUCAAAAAUAAAGCUGCUGGGUACGAUAACGUCGACAAAACAAAGCAUGGGAUGCCGUUAUUUUGCCUCGCUUCGCCCGCACGGCGGCGCAAUUGCAUGCAUCGUCUCAGCGUCUCUUGUUUCUCUUUGUUCC